UUAACCGCCAGACUUCGGGACUUUCAGCGACAAACCACGAUCCGCAGUAAUAGCUCUUUGCCAUCCGCUCCCCUGGCCUCCGAACUGUGGAGUGGUGUCGGGAUAAUAGGGCAGACCCGGGGACAAUCCGUGAAGACUGGUUAACGAAAGGGGUGGGGAAGUUCGUGACGGACGCACAUUCAAAAUGGUGGGUAGGGCUUCACUGGCAAGGGAACUCGGUUCCCCCGCCGCGUUCUCCCUCGACUCAACAACACCUCGUGAGACUCGACGUAGCUCAUCUCGUGCGUCACGUAAAACAACCCGUGAACCUGAAUCUCACGCCUCUAACCACUCCCAAUCAUCCUACUCUUUACCUCCAACACCUCUGACUACCACGUUUGAAGAGUCAUUACCAUCAGCAAAACGACGCAAAACGCAACGGUCCGUAAACCAGGCCGCGCAGACUCCGAAGGGAAAAGAACCAACGGAGACACCUAUUUCGUCUACCUCAAAGGGCCCGGGUGGCUCGUCGCAACCCUCUGACAGUGUCUCUAAAAGGAGAGAACGUAGUCGCAAAAGCGCAAAAUUGAAUGGAGAAGUGACACCCAACGCUCCGCCUCCGAGUGAAACACCUGUACCUCAAUCCAAGUCGCGUCCGGAACAGUCGCAGUCGACGCUGCAUCACUUUCUGUUGAAGAAGCCCCAGCCGAAGCGGCAUUCUUUGGCCACCACUACCUCCACUUCCACCCCUCGUGUCACUUCCUCUGAUCCUUCUACACCGCGGGCCUUGUCUACUUCCGCCUCUGCACCCCGUGUUGCUUCUACUCCUGUCAGUACUCGCAAGGAUCCCAAAUCCAAGGGCACUGAAACUUCGAAGAAUAGAACCGCGAGGACUCCGGUUUUACUCAAAACAGAGUUCACGCCUGCAGAAACGGCUGUCAAACCUACCAGUGCGCAAGACAAGGGAACGACCAAACCUCAAACACCUGCUGCAUCAUCUCGUCCAGCAGCCCCUCGACUGUCCACCAGCAGAGCGCGGCGUACAGAUCGCAGAACUCCUGCUACCGUCACAUCCAGUCGCUUAAACCCCUCCACCACGGAAGGAGUAUCUACCCCCACUUCGUCAUCCAACAUGGGCAACUCCAAGUCCGUUCCAUCGCGUGCCUCCCAGAAAGGCAGCGUCCGGCCCCAGCGCAGCAGUAGCCGGCGUUCCGUCGUCGAGUCCAGGACCGACACUCCCAGUCAAGCUCCCAAUCAAAACAUCGACAAUAGCAACGCCGGCGGCGAGCUUUCCUCGGGUCCAGAGUCACUCGCUCCGAUGCCAUCUGGCCGUGAAUUCGCGGAGAGCAUUUAUUCGACCACCCCCGCCUCUGACGAGAAGGUCCGCGACCUUGGAACCCCGAUCUUCGAAGAUAACAACACCCCUGGCGCGACUCCUUACGCGGACAGCUUCCACUUUGAGUACGACACCGACAUGUAUCGCAACAACUUUGGCCUCGACGGUACCACUGAAACCCCCGGCUCCCCUACGGGAAGCUUGACCACGGCGACGUCGAUGGGCAACCGCAUCUCGACUAGGCUGCGCAAGCCGACCAUUAAGGCUAUGGAGUCGAUUGAAUCCGAGCGACGAUACCGCCGACCUCCGCGCUCGGCCUCGGCUAGACCGGAUGGGCCCAAGGGACCGCCUCUGGAGUGGGAUGCGGUCGCCAUUGGUAUACAGGUCUUCGAUUUGGCGAACGUGGCUCUUGCGCCUGAGUUUGAACCGCCCGCAGAGGCUGACGCUUGGCUGGAUGAGCUCCGUGGUGAGUUCGCGGUCAAGCACGCAGAGAGGGAAAAGGCGCGGUUGGAGCGGGAAAGACUGGAGAAGGAAAGGGAGGAGAAAGAGAGGGAGCAGAGGGAGAUGGAGGAGAAAGAGGCCGCGGAGAGAAAGGCUGCUGACGAGCAAAAUGCAGAGAAAGAGGUUGCUGAUGAGGCAGAUACGGAGAAAGAGGUUCUAGACAAGGAGAACGAAGACGGGGAGGCUACGCAUAAAGUGGAUGGGGAGAAGGAGGCUACGGAGACACAAAAUGAAGCCGAAGAGAACAGAGAGAAGGUGAACGGAGACAAAGAGGCAGACACGACGACGACUCCACUCGAGGAACAACUUCCAAAUGAACCUAAGGCAAAAGAACCGGCCAGAGAAGCAAGCAAGCCCGCUUCCCCUGACAAGCAGCCCUCAGUGGAGGCAAAAUCCGGAGACAAGGCAGAAGGGCCCAGUAAGCCAACUUUCUCAGGGGACAACUCUAAAGAGUGGACUGACGAAGAUGGCUUCACCUACACAGGCCAAGUCAACCAAUUUGGCGAAGAACUGGUGUACGUUGGCACCGAGUAUGAAUGGUAUCGACCCAACAACACAUACGGAGAUGAGUUGCUGCCGCUGCCUCCCGUCCGCCUCAUUUCGCGCGACCAGCUGGAAAAGGACCGCAUCUUCGGGUUUCCCCCUCUUAUGGGCGAGAGGAACAUUCCACGCGAGACGAAUAUGCCCUUCACCUUCGAGGAUGUCAUGGAGGAGAGAGCCAAGAUCAAGGCCCGCGACGCCGCGCGCAAGCGCGGCAUUGAGGUCGAUCGAUACAUGCCCUCUGCCGCUAUUCAAGCCCUUAUCGCCGAGCACGAUAAGACUUCGAGCGACCAGGAGAAAUCCGGCCCUGGUGCCGAAACCAAGGGUCCUGCCCCUCGCAAGCGGCGUCGUGGUGCAGAGCAACCCACGGACGCAGCACAAGCCGCCAAACGACGCCGAAAAGGAGAGACUCCCCCAUUCACUCCAGACCAACCUAAGACCCUGCGUAUCAAGUUGACCCUGAAGGGAACAGCUGCGGCAGCUGCGGCAGAGGGCACCAGCUCCCCGAACCCAGGGUCGAAGAAGCGCACCCGUUCGGAGGUAGAGAGCGCGCCCGGAGUGAACGGUACCCCGGACAGCAAGGCGCCCCAAACUCGUCCUACGAAGCUUUUAAAGCUCUCUGGCCUUCGCCGUGACUCGGCCUCCACCUCGACAUCGACAUCGACACCAGCCAAGUCGAAUGCUUCUCCGGCCACGCCUGGAGGCGGGUUAAAAAACAACGCUGCGCCUACUCCUCCAUCUACCUCGGGUCCGCAGGCGUUCACUGCCACUGACCCCAGUGCCACACCCCUAGGCACUACGCCCGGCGGCCGGCCGCGGCGCCGGGCCGCAGCCGCCUUUUUGGCGGAGUCCCAGACCCACGCCGAGCAGAGGGCGCGCCGCGCCAACGCCCGCAAGAAGGAGCCUGUCGCUUAAACGGCCGACGCCGGCCAUUCACCCCUGCAAUCCUUGUAGCUACUGCGAUUCAGCUAAACAACAAUCAGCGCAAUUUGCCCCAGUCACUCACUUUCUUUAUAACUCAACAGGAGAGCGGGUGGUGGAUGGAAGGGGGAAAGAUGAGCCUGGACCUCUCCAUCAUGCUUCUCGUAUCUUCUUAGCACUUGUCAUUUCCCUUUUACCAACUGCG